CAUAAUGCAUUGCAUUGCCAACGUAUGCAAACAGGAACAUGGCUACCGGUGUUUAACAUCAGCACUCUUGAAAAAUUCUCUUGUCCCUGACCGACAUAGUCUGUGAUACACCAGCUUUUGCUGAUCCUCCGCGACAGGAGAAAGGUCGGAGUUUAUCAGUAGACUCUGGAAACAGCUCCUCGCUUCUUCGUCGGUCACAGACAGUGUGAGUCAUCAUGGCGAGUCCAAGGACCAGAAGAGUUCUGAAGGAAGUGAGAACUCAGGAUGAGAAUAAUCUGUGUUUUGAGUGCGGAGCUUUUAACCCUCAGUGGGUUAGUGUGACAUAUGGCAUCUGGAUUUGUCUCGAGUGCUCUGGCAAGCACAGGGGCCUGGGAGUACAUCUCAGUUUUGUGCGCUCGGUCACCAUGGACAAGUGGAAAGAUAUUGAACUGGAGAAAAUGAAAGCAGGUGGAAAUGGAAAAUUCCGCUUGUUUCUUGAAUUGCAAGAUGAUUAUGAUCCCAACUGGACUUUGCAGGAGAAAUACAACAGCAGAGCUGCUGCACUCUUCAGGGACAAGGUUGCAACGUUAGCGGAGGGAAAGGAGUGGUCCAUUGAGACCUCGACUGCAAGAAAUUGGACGUCCCCUCAACCCAAGAGCACUCUUUCAUCCUCUCAUCGUUCUGGAGGAUCUGGACAGAACUCGGCGAAAUCCAGCGAUAAAGCUUUUGAAGACUGGCUGAGUGAUGAUGUUAACUCUUAUCAGAGUGGAGGUGGUUACAGUGGGAAUCAAGAGAAUCGGUAUGUUGGAUUUGGCAACACAGUGACCCCAGAGAAGAAAGAAGAUGACUUCCUGAACAAUGCCAUGUCUUCUAUUUAUUCAGGUUGGAGCAGUUUUACUGUUGGAGCUAGCAAGUUUGCCUCUAUUGCCAAAGAUAAUACAACUAAACUUGCAAACCAAGCGACCUUAAAGGCCACAGAGUUAGGACAGACAUUAAAUGAGAAUGUUAUCAAACCUACUCAAGAAAAGGUGAAAGAUGGCAAAUUGCUAGAUGAAAUGGCAGUCAGCUUCACUGGGCUGGCAAACAAGGUUCAGGGAGCUGGGUCAAAGCUGACUAAUCUGUUCUCUGGAAAACAAGAAGAUGGGUCUGCUGGUGAGAGCUACCAAAACAUGGAUGCCACUGAGGGAUAUCAGGGUAGUUCUAGCCAGCCUAUCGCAAGAGACUUCUGGGAGACCUUUGGCAGCAACAGCUCCUUAAAGGCUAAGAAAUCUCCGAGCAGUGACAGCUGGACCAUUGCAGAUAAUUCUGCCAAGAAGAGCUCUGACAGUUGGGACAAUUGGGGCUCUGAAGCAGCGUCCAACAACAAACACAGCACAGAAGAGAGCUGGGAGGCUUGGGACAACAACUGGGAGAAUGCGGAUGGUAAGACAAAGAAGAGUCCCACGAAACCUGCUGAGGAAACCUGGGAGAACGCAGACUGGUAGUGACCUCACAAAUGUACAUCUCCUUACCUUUUUUCCUACUCUGGCCUUUUCCCCUCUCUCUCUGUUCAUCUCACCGGCACUUUCAGGGAAAGCUCCAUUAGCUUUGAUCCUGUUAAUGCAUUUAAAAUAUAUUUAUUAUCCUAGAAGCAAAAGAAUGAAGCCCAGGGAUGAGUUGAGCUCAUCAUGAGAUGACUAUUCAUAAAAAUACUACUUUACUGAAUAUCAGUCCUGUAUAUUAUUGUAAAUUGUCCUUAUUAAAGGGAAUUGAGCUAAAUCAGACCAUAAUGUACUGCCUGGACCUCCCCAAGUAUAAUACUCUUAAAGGUUAAGAAGCCAGUGUUCGUACUGGAUCGCAGGUUUAAUUUCCUUAUUAAAAAAACAAAGCAUGAAGGAGAAAAUCUGAUGUUGUACAUUUGAACCCUUGUAAAUACAGUAUCACCAUCUAAACACUAACAACUUUCUGUUCUGUGUUUAAUCAAAUUUGGCCCCUUAAACAUUUUCAUUUCUGUUUUGUAAAAUAGAUCAAAAAUAGUUUCAAAAAAAGUUCAUUCCACCCUGUGUUUACCAUUAAUCAAAAUCUCUUUGGUCAUGUACAAUUUAAAUAAAAUGAUCUGAUGUAUAAUGAGUUGAGACUAAAUCUCCUUCAUGGUAUGAAUUGCUUUUUACACUUUUUUUUUAUUUUAAUGAGCAAGUAGUUUUUUUUCCCCUUUCUUUCUAUCUUCACACUAGAGACCUGCAGAUACAACACUGUCAUGUAUCUGCACCAGCAAUAGUGCAGAUAGGCAAAGGCAACAGAAUGCUUUGAAGUUUGGCAUGUCUAAAAGUUAGUAACUGCCAUUCUGCUAAAACAGCUGCUUUAGGGUAAAUCCAACUUGAAAUCAAAUUGUCAUUGAAUUUGACCCCCCUUAUGCAUUUGUGAGCUUUUUAAGCUCUUUGAUUGGUUGGAUGAGUUAACUUUCAGUCAGCACAACCUGUCUGUAGGUCCAAUUCACACUAAAAUGUUCUUUUAAUCACAUCCAACAUCAUUUUUUAUUUUUUUGUUACACAUCCUUUCAAGUAGUGUUGCUUUAUGUUGCAACAUUGUUUUUUUGUUUGCUUCACUGCUUAAAUUAAACUGCUAAUUAAAUAUGCCCGGAAUACCUGCCAAUGCUAGAAUGGAGUGGGGAGGUAUUGCAAUAUUGUGUUGUGUGUUUUCCUCUCAUUCUGACCUCAGAGCUGUUUGAAGUGACUUGAAACAGAAUGAACUUUCCCAUUAGAGUUCAUGCAAUCAGAUCUGGCUGCAUUCACUUGCAAUGUGGUUUAGACCGGGCUCAGGUUGGACCAGGUGUUUUGAUCAAGUUCUCUUAUUAAUGAAUGAAUAAAUAAGAGUAAUCACUCAUAUUAUUAAACAAAAUAAAAUGUAUUUAAAGAUUUCUAGUUUUGUUUUCAAGAGACAUAUUGUGAAAUUUUUAAUAAGUCAUGUCUAAAGAUGAUAUACAGUUUAUUGUAGAUAAUUUCACACGAGAGGUCCUCUUUGCUGGUUAUACUCGGUGUACUGUAUGCAAGGGUGUGAUGGUUGUGUGUCAUUAAUUGGACACAAGUGUGGAUUUUUAGACUGUUUUAUUAGCAGCUCGUGACCAUAGCUGGUGACAGGUCAUUGUAAAUGUUAUCUCAUACGAAGCAUCUCUGUGUCGAGUGUUAUUGCACCGUGGUCGUUGUUUAUAUUACGAAGAUUCUGUGUCACCGAUAUCUCUACACUGUAUUAACAUCUGAAUUGUGGGGUAAUGCUAAUGAGGCUCAUUAUACGCUGGAUGCUUUGAUGGUCAUAGCUCUCAAAUGCUUGUUAUGAAUUAAUUUAAUCAACCUAGUGCAUCCCUCGGUCAGAUUAAAUGGCAGCUGUGCUCACAUUGUUCAUCAGAGAUGCAAAUGCAUUUUUUGAAAAGUUCAUGGUUACAAGCGGGAAUGUAAUCAGUGUAAAAUUGGGCUCUAGUAAGGUGUCUGGGUUGAAGUAUAGAGCAAUUUUGCAUCAGCUAAUUUCUUAUGUGGCCUUUCAUUUCCUGUAACCCUGUAAAUUUGUUGCUUUUGAUGCAAAAAUCCCCUCAUACAACACUAGUUUAAUGUCACUGAACCAAUUACAACUUCAGGUUUUGCUAAUAUCAAAAGUAACGUGAUUGAUUUGAAUUUCCUGGUGCUUUUAUUGGCAAAUAGUGCACUCCUGCAGACAGUCCUCAUUGGACACGAACGCUUAGCUGAUUGAUUAUUGAAGAAUAAAUGCUCCAUUACCAUUUUCCUACCUCUAAGAAGGCUUUACUUUACUGCCUGGGUUAAUUUAGUGAACAUGUUUUAUUUUAUUUUUCUACAUUAUUUAGAACUGUUUUAAUAUAGACCUUAUCACCACUGGUAGUGUAACAGUAAAGCAGCAAAUAUGAGUCUACAGUGUCAGUCUGUUUUCAGUGAUGAUGCGGUGCUGUAAAGAAAAAAAAAUAUUAAUAAUCACUCCUGGAAGAUUUGUGUUGCUAAACCUCUGCAGUCGUGUUCAUGUCUGGUCAUGUGAUCAAAGCCUUAAACAGCUGUGUUUGCUUUCUGUUGAUACUGGUGCCACUUUACUUGUGUAUAUGUCAGAUAACGUCAAAUGAUUCACUGUUACCUUCAACUUUUCCCUGUAUUACUGAAGUAUGUCAACUGUUUUAUUAUUAUUUUUUUAACUUUAUUAUGGCGUAAAACUGACUGCCAGUAAAUGGAUAAAUUCUUUUUGAUCUGCUCUCAUUGUAUCUAAACUGUUUAGUCCUGAUAUACCAUAGUUUUUCUUUUAGUGAAUCUCUUGCUGGGGUUACUAGUAAUUGAUUUUUGGAUGAUUAGCAGAAUUUGAUAGUUAUUGAAAUGCAUUUAAAUGACUUAAAAUCAUUUUUUUUCUUUUUUUUUCUUUUUUUUUUUAAAAGAACUGAUUGUAUUUUUUUUUCCACACAAAGUGAAUCAAAUUCUGAACUUUCCAGAGCAGCAGUUCUGCUCAUUUUCUGUGCCUGUGGAUCACCUGAGAAUGGGUAUGUCUGUGUUUGUUGACUAAACUAAUAAUUAUGUCAGAAAUUGAUGUCAUGCAUGAGAUGUUAUGUGAUGCUAAAAACAUUCAGUUGUUUCCUAAGUGAAUUUAAGUGCAGUCGUCUGCUUGACCCUUCAAGUUUCACCAGCAGCCAUCCUGAGGUGAGCCAGUGUUACCGUACCCACUCCCCCAAGGCUCUGGAUAUUUCUCCUGUACACAUGUUUCUGUGUAAAAUUAAAGAAAAAAAUGUGUUGUGAA